AUGGGAGAUAUACAAGUAGAGAAAGGUCCUGCAGGUGGGAAAGAGGACCACACAGCAGAUGGUACUGUCGAUCUCAAGGGAAAUCCUGUUCUAAGAUCCAACACUGGAAUAUCCCUGUUAACCCUGACUGUUUCGUUGCCAUCACUGAAUCCUCCAUCUUCUGGUCGUGGUAUCAAAGAAGUGGAAUGUGACAAAAAGGCCUCUUCUUUGACAAAGGGCAUAUUCUAUGGUGCAUUGUACAUAGUAGUAGCCGAUAAUGUGGGUUGGACCCUUGGCUAUGCAUUUCCAACACUGGGUCUGGCAGUUUCACUUGUUGUGUUCCAGAUAGGCACUCCAUUCUACAGACACAAAUCGCCUGCAGAGAGUCCAUUCAUCAGGAUGGCUCAAGUACUCGUAGCUGCUGUGAGGAAUAGGGAGGUACCCGUCCCAGAUGACCCAAAACAACUGCAUGAGCUUAGUCUGGAUGAGUACACGAGAUCAGGGAAAUUCAGAAUUGGCUAUACCUCUUUAUACGCAUUCCUUGACAAAGCUGCUGUGAAAAGUGGCUCAAGCUCGCCAUGGAUGCUAUGCUCUGUGACCCAAGUUGAAGAUACCAAGCAAAUGAUUAAACUGCUUCCAGUUUGGGCAGCUACUUUCAUACCUAGCACCAUUUUAGCUCAAGUACACACCCUAUUCGUUCAACAAGGCACCGUCGUAGAUAGGAGUAUGGGACCCCAUUUCAAAAUCCCUCCAGCAACCUUCUCAAUGCUGAUAAGCCUUGCCAUUUAUGACUGUUACUUUGUGCCAGUGGUUAGGCAUUACAUCCAAAAACCAAGAGGUAUUAUAUUGCUGCAGAGAAUGGGAAUUGGAAUUGUGUUGCAUGUUAUUAUAAUGAUUGCAGCUUGUUUCGCAGAAAGGAAGAGACUUAGUGUGGCAAGAGAACACAACAUUUUGUUUGUCUUGAUGGGAGUUGCUGAUAACUUUGUGGAAGUAGCAAAGCUAGAGUUUUUCUAUGACCAAGCACCAGAAGGAAUGAAGAGCCUGGGGACUUCAUACUUCACUGGCAGCUUGGGAAUUGGGAAUUUCCUCAGUAGUUUUAUCCUAACAAAAGUUUCGAAUGUCACUAAGAACCAUGGACUUAAAGGAUGGAUCUUGGACAAUCUCAAUAUCUCUCGUUUAGACUACUAUUAUGCUUUCUUGGCCAUAUUGAGUUUCCUCAACUUCCUUCUCUAUUUAGCUGCUGCAAGGUUCUUUGUUUAUAACGUGGAUGUGGAUUCUAGGAGGGAUUUGCAGGAACAAAAGGAAGCUUCACUGGUCAAAGCUCAUCAUCAAGAUAAUUAA